AUGGUGGUGUGGUAUUUCUUCCUGACUUGGCAGUGCGUGGCUGCUGAUAGCAGCCCCUUGCUCUUGCAGAAGAAUAUCCAUUUAGCUGAGAAUAGGCGUAACAACCAUCAUGACCUCGCUGGCAAGUCAGUAUACCUGGUCAUGAUCGAUCGCUUCGGUCGGGAGGGAGGCCUUAGCCAUGGAAACUUGGAAGCCUGUGGUGGCGAACGAUGGUGCAACGGCACCUUGAAAGGAAUCACCAGCCAUCUGGACUAUAUCAGUGGUAUGGGCUGGGAUUGCAUUUGGGUCACCCCGGUGGUGAAGAAUUUCUAUGGCCCCGAUUUGGGGCAAAGUGGCUAUGGCUACCACGGCUAUUGGACGGAAGAUUUCACCCAGAUCGAUCCGAACUUUGGAACUGCCGAUGAUCUCAAGGAACUGGUGCAGGAAACCCAUAAACAUGGGAUGUGCUUCAUCCUGGACAUCGUCUUGAACCACAUUCGUCCCAUCCAUUCCCUCGCCGACCUUCAGAGGGUCAAACCCUUCAACGACACGAGCUAUUUGCAUCUUUUGAACAUGAGUGGCAUGAGCUUUGACAAGUACGCGGAGAAGGGCGAGAACUGGCCCCUGCCCAUCCAAGCCUUGGGUCCAGGCGCUCAAUGCCAAAUGAACCGCUUCAAAAAUGGCAGUGUCGAUGGCACCAACAGUGGCACCUACUGCAAUAACUAUCCGGGGAACAACUAUUCCAGCGAACUCUAUUACAAGGAGAAGGCCCAUGGUCCCCCACAUCUGAAGUACUGCGGCACCGGUGACUACCUCUGCCGCGGCUACAACGAGACAGUCAUCACAGACGGCUGGUUUUACGACUUGGCAGAUCUGGACCAGUCACAUCCAUUUGUGCGAAAGUUCCUGAAGGAUUGGGUGAAGUAUAUGGCCACGGAAUUUGAUGUGGAUGGCAUCCGCUUGGAUACCACGCCACAUCUUCCCUACGACUUUCUGAAGGAAGUCCAGGACAUGUUGCUCUCUCUUCAGAGGCCUAUCAGGGUUCUGGGAGAGGUCACAACUGUAAACAUGAGCUUCCAUGCCUCCUAUCAAAGCAAGGAUGGCCAAAGCAUGUUGGGAGGGCUGGCGAAUUUCCCCUUGACCUACAACGCCGUCCCGGGAUAUUGCGGCUGGCCCAAUUCGGUGCUCUCACCUGUGGCCCAGUUCGAUCUCAGCUACUUAGCCUCUGCCAGCGAGUUGCAACUCACCAGCGGCCUGUAUAGCAAUACGGACCUGUUGAUGAAUAUGAUGGACAACCAAGAUGACGCACCCAUUGCCGGCUUGUACCAUGUCUCUGCUGGAGCAUUCUCUCCUGGUACAGGCGGCUGUCAAGACGACCCCAGCUUGCUGCUGAACGCUUGGGCCUGGUUGAUGUUUGCCAAGGGCAUGCCGGUGGUUGCCUGGGGAGACGAACAAGGCAAUGCGGAAUAUCGGAUGUCUCUCUGGCAGCACGGAUGGAGCCGGGACGCCUGGCAGUACCGCCUCCUGUCGCGCCUGAACGCCCUGCGACGAGAGCGGAAGCUGCUGACAGCGGAGGCCCAGGUGCACUUCGGCAGCAAGGACCGCUUCGUGUUUCAGCGGGGAGCGGCCAACAGCAAACACGGGUUGCAGCAGAUCAUUCUCACUCUUCAGAAAACGAGUUGGCUAGAACUGCCGGUGGACAAUAGACUCCGCUUGCAGCUGCCCGCGUUGCGUUGUGUGACAGGCUUCUCGGGAAGCCAACGCUUGCAUUAUCAGAAGCCCAGGACUGAUUUGAAUGGCUUCAAAUGGCGUGAUUCCACCGCAGGAGGCGAUGAUGAGAUGCCCCCCCUGAUGUCGCCCAGCGCGCCGGCGCGUGCCGAGCCAACAGCUGCGGCGCCGUCGAUGGCAUCGAUGGCGGUGGGGACGCCCGUGAAGCUCAAGGGGCUCAACGGCCCGAAGCAUCUGAACGGCUGCACUGGCCGCAUCAUCGGUCAGGAGGAAAGUCGAUACCAGGUGGAGCUCACCGAUGGCAGCGAAGCUGGAAAGAUCAAGGCCCUCAAGCCCCAAAAUCUGGAAGUGGGUCUCAGGAGCGCUCCUGCCCCAGUUCCAAGGCAGUUCAGCCAACAUUUUUCCGUUGGCAGUCGAGUCCGGUUGGUGGGUCUGGAGACACGCCCCGAGAUGAACCACCGAGUCGGCUCCAUCGUUGCUGUGCAAGGAUCGAGAUGUAGAGAGUCGCAUCAAACAAGUUACAAAACCCUGCGCUCUGUCAAUGCCGCCUUUCGCAUGAGCGGUGCAGCGGAUGCUUCUGGCUGGUUCAAGGGUGAGAACUUCCUGUUGAAUCAGGUGUCAAAAGUUGAGCUGCCAGAAGACCUCCUGACACCAGAGGAGCAGGCAGAGGUGGAUGCGGUUGAUAGCGCGUCGGACCCGGGGAGGUGGGGUGUUCUCGAAGUUCCCAUUUUAGAUCCUCGCACCGGUGUUGACAGCCGCAUCAAUUCUGGUGCGAUCGCGUUGGGUGAUCUGAAUGCCUCUGGAACAGCCACAGCAAUCUUGGUGACCACCUUUGAUUGGCCGGAACCGGGUGACCUCCACUGGUUCCAGGACCAGUUGCAGCUUCCCCGCAGCGUGGAAGUCACGGUCUGCGCCCACCUAUGGCCGCGGCCGGAGGCGCGACGGGAGUUGUGGCUGGAGCUCAGCAGUUGCUUCGACACGGCGGUGUUGCACUUCACGGGGAUGGCGGAGUUUUCGCAGCCGGGGGCGGGGGAAAUGGAGGAACUAUCGAAAGAUGACUGGGUGACCAGUGUCCACGCCAAGCUGAUGCUACUGGAGUUCCCAGAUCGCCUGCGGAUGGUGAUCACCAGUGCGAACAUGCCACGACGUUUCUGGGAGGUGAACAACGAGGUCGUUUGGGUCAAAGACUUUCCCAGGGCCACUGGAGCCAAGCCGCUGCAACGAGUAUUGGCAUCGGAAUUUGGUAGCGUUUUCUCGCAUUUCCUGGUUCAGAUCCUUCAGAAGUGCCCCUUGAAUCGCUUAGAGGCCUGGCUCUCCCGCAGCCUGUGCUUCGAUUUGACCUGCGAUGGAGCCAGGUUGGUAUUGUCUCUGCCGGGGGAACAUCUCCCAGCCCGGGCCCGGCAAGGGAACCAGCUGGUGCUAAGGCUGUCCUUGGAGAUGGAAGUGGAGGGAUUGGAAACUGAAAAUCUGCAGGUUCUAUUGAAGAGGAGACCAACUGAGGAUUCCUCAAGAUGGAAGUGGUCUCUUGAAAGCCAGGAGCAACUGGUGUUAGGACAGUUGGAUGAGAUGUCUUCCAGUGCCCUAAGAGCUGCUGAAGAUCUCAAUUUCAAGGCUUAUCAUGGAGAAAUGGAGGUGUCUUUGUCAGCCGCUGAGAUCGAUGUCGAAAGAACAAAGGUUUCCGUCAACGAUGAAGAAUCGAAACCUAUUACAAGCCUUCGAGUGCUUCUGAAAAUUGCGGAAGAUACAGAACUUAAUAUGUUGCAGUUGACCAAUGAGGAUUGGAUGAGGCUGGCCGAUUUGUUGGCUUUGGUGGAAGUGGAUUAUGGCCUAUUUGCAUUGAGGCAUCAUCUGAGCCACGAGAUCUGGCCCUGGGAGGAGCACUUUGUGACGCUCUCCGGGUCCAUCGCCACGCUGCCAGAGUGGUGGCUCCGCGACGUGGAUCGCUGCUGCGGACGGCUGGUUUCGGAAGAUCCAGGUCCUCAGCUGGUGGUGCCCCGGCAUCGUUCGCGGCUUCCCAUCGAGUACAGGUGGAUCCACCAGUCGAUGCCGGGGAAACUGCUGGAGCAUCGCAGUCCCCAAGAGGUGCCGGGACGGCAGAAGAUUCUCAACCAUGGCAAGCUCCUUUGUCGCGUGUGUUGCGAUGAAGCGGGUCAAAGAUGCGGCUGGAUCUAUGUCGGUUCCCACAACUUCACGAAAUCUGCUUGGGGCUCGAUUUGGAGGCCAGAGACCGACGAUACUCUGGAAGUUCUGUCAAGCAGCAAUCGUGAGCUGGGAGUGUUGCUGAUCCAGCCCCCAGGGUCCAGGACGUCUGGGUUGAUGUCGGAGGCUCCAUGGCCCUUUGGCUUCCCCUUGACGCCAGUGGAGGAAGAAGAUCUUGAGUUCGAGAGCGAAGAUGAAGAUGAUGAAGCUGCCCAACUUCCAUGGGAAGAGCAGUGGAAUUGGUCUCAGUGGAAUUGGUAUCAGAACUGGUCUUGGAACGAGGAGGAUUACACGUGGGAGAAGGACUCUGACGAGGAAAAAUGCGAAAGUUGGCAGUCGGAUUGGUACCAUGUCCGCCUGGAGGAUGGUGAAGAAGGAGACCAAGACAAGCUGAUGAAGGCGAGAAACUUGGAGCUGGUGACACAACCCAAUGGGCCCAGUGCCAGUUUCGCUGCCCCUGCGCCAACAGCGCCCACAGUGCCAACAGUGGCAACGGCAAAGGCUUCGACACCUGCCGCUGUGACACCUGCACCGAAAGCCGUGGCGGCGCCAAAAGCUGCGGUGCCUGCUGCGGUGCAACGUGUGGCACGUCCAGCACCGAAGCUGCGAGAUGUGUUGAAGGCGGCCAAACCCAGCUGGACAGAGAAAGAUCUGACAAACGUGGUGGAGAAACUGCUGAAGGCUCAGGUCACAGGCUUUGCUGAACUGCGCGACGCCUUGCGGGCCACGGGGUCAGCAGCUCUGAACGAAAGGCUGCGUGCUGCAAAUCAGAAGGUCUUCGCGGCUGAAACCGUGGCAGCACUGAAGACCAGGGUGGACUUGGAGGACCCUCCAAAGCCGGUGAUUGAGAUGAAUCCGGAUCUGCCAAAGCAACGAUGGGAGGUGAUUCACGACCUGGCCAUGAUUCGAGAUGCACCUUCGCUGGGUGCCCGGGCGGUGGCGCGCAAGGACAAAGGAGAGAUCAUCGAGAGCGUUGAAGAGACCUUCGAUGGUUUCUUGAAGCUUCCGAACGAGGCGGGUUGGUGUUCCAAGGACUGUCAAGGAAAGCUUGGACUUGGGGAGUUGUUGCAGCGACUGGGGCCGAGCCCCACCAUGGCAGUCAACACGUUGACCACAUCAGCAGGGCCGCAACCAUUCGAGGUGGUCUUCCACCCCAGCGUGGCCGUUCGCUCGGCCCCCUCGACCUCAGCCAGCAUCAUCAGCGCACGAGGUUUCGGAGAGGUGGUACUGGCAGAGACUCAAACCUACCAUGGCUGGCUACGUUUGGAGGAUGCGGGUGGAUGGAUGAUGUGUCAACACCCUCAGCACGGUGUGCUUUUGAAACCGGCCUUUCCUGCCUCCGCCUCCAGGCUGCCUGCUUCAAACCAUUCAAACCAGGCCUCGAAGACACAAGCAACGAUUUCGCAGAACCCCCCAGAAGCCAGUGCCAAUGCAGCACAGGCUGAGCAGAGGUUGCGGGAACAGCGCGAAGCGGAGCAAAGGAUGGACCAAAAGCGGCGGGAAGAGGAGGCUGCUAGGGCUGCGAAGCUCCGGGAACAGCAAGAGGCAGAACGAAGAAAGGCCCAACAGGAGCAGGAGAUGAUCAGAAGAGAAGCGGAAGCGAAACAGCGGGCUGAAGAAGAGAAGGCUUGGUCAUUGGUUCUGCUUGCCUUUUUUUCAAGAGUGCUCGGGCUUUGCUCGGGUUUUGCUUGGUUUGGGUCGAGCGCCCAGCAGCAUGCACCACAUGCACACCAUAGCAGCCGCCCGAACUGGUUCUUGGCUCCGCCAUUUGGCAAGCACCUUUGGAUGGCCAGGUCAUUCGGCUGA